AUCCUACCUCAUCAAGUCAUGGCCACUGUUUCAAUCUUUGUGUUCUGAAUUCUGAUGUACAUACAUACUGAUAACUACAAGGACACAAAAAGGUUGGCAGAACAGAAUCCCUGCUCUGUCUUUUUCUUACAUCAACAUUGUACCAGACCAGUACCAUAUAUGGUUGAGGAGGUUGUCUAGUCUUGGAGCUUUCAUUUUGGGGGGAGAAGAAGUUAAACAGAGUGAUGGUUCAUGAUGAAGAAUCUUCAUCGGAGACUGCUACCUCUUCACAGCUACUCAGAACCGCUUCUACUGAUUCCUCUGCUGAAUCCAGCUUCCGUGAACUCGAUGAUGCAUUCUUGCAGACUCAAGCGAGAAUUUGGCUUGGAGAAGUACUGCAGAUUAGAUUAGAUGAGGAACUUAUUAUAUCAGAACUACUUGCUGAUGGAGAAUUGCUGUUUCAAGUGUCAGAAGUGGUGUGGAAAAUGCUGCUUGCAAAACAUAAGGAGCUAAGGCAUGUAAAGGCAUACAAAAGUAAGCCAUUUACUUCAGAGAGGAACAGUGGGAGAUAUAGGCCUUAUUCUAAUGUUGAUUCAUUUCUUAAGAUUUGCAAAGUUUUGGGAUUGACUGGCGUGGACCUCUUCUCACCAUCAGAUGUAGUUGAGAAAAGAAACACUCGAAGAGUUUGUAUGUGUAUACGCUCAUUCUCAAAGAAAUCAAGGUCCAUGAGUGUAAAUGUUCCAGAUUUUGAUGUUGUCACUUGUAAGGUUGCCAUGUCCAAGGAUUUGGUUGGAUGCAUCCGUAAGAGCAUAGAGCUUUCUCACAACAACCUUGCAGAUUCUUGUAGCAAUCACUUGCAGAAUCAUGGGAGAAGAAAAUCUAGACAGGAUUACUCAGUUGCAGUUUCCACUAGAGACUACAAGACACAUUCAGAAAAUUCAGAUGACACCGAAAUUUCAUCUCCUGUUUUUCAAUUUGAAGCCUUGCAUACUGAUGACAUAUAUGAUUGUACAUCAGAGAUAAACUACAAUAUGCCAUCUCCAACGGUUGAAAGUGUUUUAAUGCCAGAAGAUUUAGAUCAACAGGAUAUUCAAGACCAACAGAGAAAUGAAAUUUCUAAUGACGAGUUUGAGUUGUCAUGUUCAAUGCACACAUUGCAAUGUCACUGCUCUGACAAUUUAAAGCAUCAACAUGAAGGUGAGCUUGCUUGGUCAUCAUCCUCGUCUUGUGGAGAUCUUGACUUGAUUGGUAUGACAUCUCAUUCAGAUACUAGAGUUGAACAAGUUCAAGAAAGUAGAAUUAUGGACUUUGAUUACUCUGAGAAUUUGAUGACGACACCAGUUAAAUAUGAGAAAAAUGAAGUGGAUCCUGAUCUGUUUGAUGAAGAAAAUAGUACACCAAAUUUACAUCAAAGUGCUAGCUCUCAUGGUUCAAACCCAACUCCACAAACUAUUGAAAAUGGUUGGUGUUUUGAUAUUUGUGAAAACAUGAAGGUACAUAAAGUAGCUGACAUUAGUUGUUUGACAAGGGAAGCACUGAACUUGGGAGAUCAAUUUGAUGCAGAGAACAAUUUCAAGAACAUUGAGUCCUUUAAAUUUCUCAAUGACAAGAAUGAUCAGCGGGAGAUGGUAAAAGAACAUGGAUCUCAAGACAUAAUGAAAUGUAAGGAAAUGUCAUAUGGUAUCGCAUCCAACACAAGAAAUUCACAUUUUAUAAAGAAACUUCAGGAAACUGAGCAUUCAUUAUAUUCUUACUUCUGCAAUACUAAUUCUUCAGACAGAGUUGUAUCUCAGAACAAUGACAUCAGAGAAUCUCAAGUUGAUUUGAAGAGCUUGGAUUAUGCUGGUUGCAACAAAUCGGAUGUGCUUCUGUCCUUUCAGUCUUAUGAUUUGCCUGAGUUGUGUAAAUGGGAUCAGAAAGGGAAAUGUGCUAUGACUUUAAUUCAAGCUAAAGAUAACAGAAGUUCCUCAUGCUUUUUGGAGGAUGGCUCACAUGAGGAAAUAACACCUUGUAAACAAAAAACUUCUGAAGUCUUGAUGUCCAAGGUUAUGUUGUCUUAUUAUAGUGGAAAUAAUGAUUGUCUGGCUCUCGCAUCAAAUGUUCUAGAUGUAGAUGAUUGUGAAAAAAGUCCCACCAAUGAUACCAAUACUUUAUGUGGCAAAGGUGUCACAACUCAAGAUAUUGGAAACCAAGACCAGAGUGCACUAGAUAUAGUAAUUGAUGAUGUUGUAGUUCAUGCCAAUUGUGAUGAAGAUGUAUCUAACACAGUGUCUUACAUAGCAAAUAACACCUUAAAACUUGAAUGCAAUGAUGGUGAUCAAGCACGUCGGUGCGACGAGGAUCCUGCUUCCCAUUCAGAACAUACUUGUGUGGUUAAAGAAGAUAUAAAACCAGAAUGUGAGAGCAUCCACCACUUGGAAAAUUUAGUUGUGAAAGAAGAAGGGGCUCUAGAAAUACCAAAAGAAAAACCCCAAAAGAAGCUACUCCUAAGAUCAGUCUUAGGUGGUGCAGCUGCUGCUGGUUUGUUGUUCAUGUAUUUGCACCUAAGGAAGAAUGGUGGAGAAAAAGCAGCACUACCACCGACUAAGGCAUCUAGUCAUAAAGAUAAAGAGAAGAUUCAGCAAUAUUCAUCUCAGAAAGUAAAGAUAAGCACAACAAAAGGGGUUUAUCCAGCUGAACAGCUCCAGUUAAAGUGAUUAGGAUUUGGAUCUCUUAUAUACAGAUAGUGUAUCAAAGUAAAGAAAAGAAAGUAUUAGUUUCAAGCUAUGAACCUCACUGGUUAGUGGAUUUGUUAAAUCUUUCAAGAGGUCAAGAACCUCCUCCUUUUGAUUACUAUUUAUAUCAAGUGGGGGCAACAAAGAUAAACUUCAAAGUAAUAAACUUCACUGCUUAAGUAUGUAAUGAAAAAUUCAAAGUAGUCAACCUGGUAUGCUUAUAAGAAACUGGGAAUA